AGAGAGAGAGAGAGAGAGAGAGAGAGAGAGAGAGAGAAAAAAAAAUAACACUUUGCUUCUCAGACAUAUCCGUGAAACGCAUGAGGUUAUACUAAAGUUAUUCAUAGCAUCGAGUCUUCCUCUAAAGCCAUUACCAGCUGCUAAAAUGCAUCCCUCUACAGCAGGCAGCCAGGCAGGCAGGCAGUCAGGCAGGCAGGCGCACCGACGCAUCCAGGCGCCUGCAACAGUAUCCAAGCGCCACCUUCAGUAUCCAGCCUAAGGGAGGGGGAGAAAAAAAAAAAAAGAAGAAGCAAAUAAUCACACAGCCUACAUGUUUUUUUCCUCCAGACACAUCUGCAAAUGGUAGCUGUCUGUCUGGAGAAUAACCUUACGUGUUUUCCUCCUUCACUUAAAAAAAUAAAAAUAAGGGAAAUAAGCUUUAGUCUUAUGUGCGCUUUGGUGCGUGGUGUUCAUCUCAGGAGCGCAUAGUGCUAACUGUGUGUUUAAUAUGCCUGUCUCGCCCGGCGUUUUGCCCCAGACACUAUGUACCACAAAUCCCCACCUCCACUCCAAUGAGAGCUUGGGAGGGAGGAAUAAAAGGGUUAAGGGGAGUCUUGUAUGGAGUCUGCUGGGCGGAGUGGAAUGGACGUGAUUGGAUGACUGUCUGUGACGCAGGGGACAUGAAAAAGCUGAUAACUAGUUAAGAAGGCAGUUUGUAACUCUGGAAAAAGAGUGCAGAGCUUGAGACAUACAUUACGCAGUGGACACGGACGAACCGGCGCAAACGCAAGAGAGCUGAGCCCGUCUUGGCAGAGUGGGGUGCUGAUAGACACUGCAGCGUCCGGACACAAAGUGACUUGAAACAGAAGGACAAUGGUGCAGCACACAGACAACAGCGAGACGGACGGGAGCAUGUCCAGGGAGGCUACGGAUUCAGAGGAAAGUGAAUUUAUGGCAUGCAGUCCCGUGGCGAUAAACCCAGACUGGUGCAAGACAGCCACCGGUCACAUCAAGAGACCCAUGAAUGCGUUUAUGGUCUGGUCCAAAAUCGAGAGGAGAAAGAUUAUGGAGCAGUCGCCUGACAUGCACAACGCUGAGAUUUCCAAGCGCCUCGGGAAGAGGUGGAAGAUGCUCAAGGACAGCGAAAAGAUCCCGUUUAUCAGAGAAGCCGAGAGGCUGCGGCUAAAACACAUGGCUGACUACCCCGACUACAAGUACAGACCCAAGAAAAAACCAAAGCUCGACAGUUCAAAAUCAUCAGCACCGUCUCCGGAGAAGUGCGCAAAAAUUGCAAAGACUCCCAGCAAGAAGUGUUCAAAGAUAAAGACUAAGAGCGGCUCCAAGUCCUCUCACGGCUACGUGGAGGACUGUGUGUUUCCCAGCUUAAAAGUUACAAAGACUGUGAAAAGUGAGCUCACCGAUGAGGACGAUGACGACGAGUACGAAGAGGACUACCGGAUGGGGAUUAAGGCGGGGGACGAGGAGCGCCUGAGGCCGUAUAAUGUAGCCAAAGUUCCUGCGAGCCCAACUUUGAGCUCCUCGGCCGAGUCUGAAGGGACGAGCAUGUACGAAGAAGUGCGGAACAACAACAGACUGUUUUACAAUAUCAAAAACAUUACCAAGCAGAGCACAUUGCACGCUGCUUCUGUCUCACCAGCAUCCUCCAGGUCGGUCUCCACAUCCUCCUCCUCCUCCAGCAGCAGCAGCUCCUCUUCUGGCGAGGACGCGGACGAUUUGCUCUUUGACUUUAGUUUAAAUUUCGCCCCCAGCGCCCCAGGCUCGGAGCUGGGCAACCCCAAUUCAGGAAACCUCUCCCUGUCUCUUGUGGAUAAGGACCUGGACUCGUUCAGUGAGGGCAGCCUGGGCUCUCACUUUGAAUUCCCAGACUAUUGCACGCCAGAACUCAGUGAGAUGAUUGCCGGGGACUGGCUGGAGGCGAACUUUUCCGACCUGGUCUUCACAUACUGAACUGAAAAAAAACAAAAACAAACACACACAAAAAAACAAAAACGUUCCUCUAGUAAUAACAGAGAAGGGAGAAAGUAAAUUAUAUAUGUGUCCUGGUCAAGUUGUCCCUAGCUCUGCCCUCCUGUGGGUUUUCUGAAGGGUCCUUGGAGGGAGGUGGAGGACCAGGAGGCGAGGUGAGGUUUGAGGAAUGAGAUGCUUAUGAAGCUGGUAGCAAAAAAAAAAAAAA